UACAAAGAAAGCUAAGAAACCCACAAAGUGCAGUCAUGGUUGCCUGGACAGAUGCUGAGCGCAACGCCAUCACCAGCGUCUUCGCGAAACUUAACCCUGAUGUAGUUGGGCCCAACGCUCUGGCCAGAUGCCUUAUUGUGUACCCCUGGACCCAGAGGUACUUCAGUAAAUUUGGGAACUUGUACAGCGCCGAGACCAUCCUUGGAAACCCCAUGGUCGCUGCCCACGGAAAGGUUGUGUUUGGCGGGCUGGAGAUGGCUGUGAAGAACUUGGAUGACAUCAAGAAAACCUUCGCCCCGCUGAGCGAGCUGCAUUCAGAGAAACUGCACGUGGAUCCCGACAACUUCAGGCUGCUGGCUGACUGUAUCACCAUCGUCGUGGCUAGCCAGUUGGGCUCUGCUUUCACUGCUGAAGUGCAGGCAGCGUGGCAGAAGUUCAUGGCUGUUGUCGUGUCCGGUCUCUGCAGGCAGUACCACUAGAGCGAACCUCUACAUGCGAAACACUGAGAAACAGCUUCAGUGUUGCGCUUCAUUGCCAAACAAAUCAAUCCUAAUGAUUUAAUAAAAGAGAA